AUGCCGGUCUUUAAUUAUUCAUUAUCCACUAAAUUCAAUGCAAGCUCGAACGAAAGCUUGGACAUUAAGACGGUCAUUUUAGUUCUUGUAUGCUUUUCAACUAGGGAUGUCGAUUGGUGUACGUUACAGCAAAAUACUGCACUUGAGAGUUAUUAUGCACAAUUAGCUCUUAUCGCAUCCGACAUGGGAUUUUCUUGCUGCUUACAAAACAUUGCAAGAGACUCCAAAAAUUUACGUGCUUUCAUAAAAGAAAAAGAAGAAGCUCAUGACACAAGAGAUUUGAUGAAAUCAAAAUAA